UCUGUCCAGGCCAGAAAUGCUGCCUAAUCUCUAUGGUUACCUAUGGCCUACGUCUCUCUCCUGUCUCCACUGAAACACUUCGUCCUUCUCUGAGGGCGAGUGAUGUGCGGUGCGAGUGGUGUGUGUGUUUAGCGAGAGUGUGAGCCAACGAGUGAGAGCAGUGUGUGUGUGGAGUGAGCGAGUGCAGAGCGAGCCACUCACACGGAGCAUGCCUCUGCGUCCUGCAGCCGGCAAACAUGAGCCACCCAGCUCUCCACAGCAGGACCAGCACACACACUCACACCCCUACACACACACCAACGGCAGCCAGGGGGCCAGCUCUGACAGCGGCAGCUCACGGGAAGAGGACAGCGGCAUUCCCGUUUCUGUCAGUGUUUUCUCUUUCCGUCCCGCUCGGGAGCGGAGCCCCAGUGCAGGAGGAGGCAUGGCGCAGGCACAGGGCAGCACGCUGGUGAUCCGCAUCGGAAUACCGGACCUGGCACAGACGAAAUGUAUGAAGUUCGAUGUGGACGCUCCUAUCUGGUUAUCUAAGCAGCAUAUCCUGUGUACUCUGAACCACAGCCUGAAGGAUGUGCUGAACUACGGCCUCUUCCAGCCCGCUCACAAUGGAAAGGCUGGCAAGUUCCUGGAUGAAGAGAGGCAGCUGAAGGAAUACCCACUGCCUUCUGUUACACCUGUACCAUACCUGGAGUUCCGCUAUAAGAGACGUCUCUACACACAGUCCCACCUGGAUGACAAGCAGCUCUCCAAACUACACACCAAGGCGAACCUGAAGAAGUUUAUGGAGUAUGUACAGCAGAGGAACAUCGAAAAGGUGUCCAAGUUCCUGGAGAAAGGUCUGGACCCCAACUUCCACGACCCUGAAUCGGGAGAAUGUCCUCUGACCAUGGCGUCUCAGCUGGAGGGCUGUGCAGACCUCAUCAAGGUGCUGAAGAGUGGAGGAGCUCACCUGGACUUCAGGACCCGAGACGGCAUCACUGCACUGCACAAGUCUGUCCGCACCAAGAACCAUACGGCCCUCAUAACGUUGCUGGACCUGGGUGCGUCUCCUGACUAUAAGGACAGUCGGGGGUUAAGUCCGCUUUAUCACAGCUCUAUGGUAGGAGGAGACCCCUACUGCUGUGAACUUCUGCUCCACGACCACGCUCAGGUGGGCUGUGUGGACGAGAACGGUUGGCAGGAGAUACACCAGGCAUGCCGUCAUGGUCAUGUUCAGCACUUGGAGCACCUGCUGUUUUACGGAGCCGACAUGACUGCUCAGAACGCCUCUGGAAACACCGCCCUUCACGUCUGUGCCCUCUACAACCAGGAUAGCUGUACCAGAGUUCUACUGUUUCGGGGAGCGAAUAAAGAGAUCAAGAACUACAACAGCCAGACAGCCUUUCAGGUGGCCAUUAUAGCAGGAAACUUUGAUCUGGCUGAAAUCAUCAAGAUCCACAAAGUGUCAGACGUUGUGCCUUUCAGGGAGACCCCUUCCUACACCAACCGUAGACGUGUGUUGGUGGGAGGACUGCCCUCGCCCCGCUCCCUGCUGCGCUCCGCUAGCGACAACAACCUCAAUGGGGACAGCAGUCAAGGUCUGGGUCAAGGUCUGGGGCAGGGUCAUGGUCGACAGGGUCAGUCUCCUGUCCCCUCUCUGAGGAGCCUCCCUGCACUGGGACAACACCAACAACACGCCAGCCUGGGGGAGACUCGUCAUGGAGAGAUGCCAGACAGCAGUCUCCAGAGCACAGGCAGCUCUCGCUCCUCCCACUCCCGCUCUCCCUCGCUACACAGUCAUCUGCAUGAGGGCGAUCAGGGCAUCAGGAAGACACACGGACACCCUCAAGGACACGUCCCUCGAGGACGGCUCAGCCCGGGUACGGUGCAGCGGGACCCCAGUCCCCCCACCCACACCCCUCCUGCCAUUGCCGGUGCCAGCGGGCCCAAGCGGAAACUCUACAGCGCCGUACCGGGACGUACCUUCAUCGUGGUCAAACCGUACACGCCACAGGGUGAGGGAGAGAUCCAGCUGAACCGUGGAGAGAGAGUGAAAGUGUUGAGUAUAGGAGAAGGAGGUUUCUGGGAGGGCACGGUCAAAGGGAGAACAGGCUGGUUCCCUGCCGACUGUGUGGAAGAGGUUCAGAUGAGACAGUAUGAUCCUCGGCUAGAGACAAGAGAGGACCGCACCAAGAGACUGUUCAGACACUACACUGUGGGAUCUUACGACAACGUCACCUCAUACAGUGAUUACAUCAUAGAGGAGAAGAAUGCUAUGCUGCAGAAGAAAGAAAACGAAGGCUUCGGCUUCGUACUACGGGGAGCCAAAGCUGAGACGCCUAUUGAGGAGUUCACCCCAACACCUGCAUUCCCUGCCCUCCAGUACCUGGAGUCUGUUGACGUGGAGGGAGUGGCCUGGAGGGCUGGGCUUAGGACAGGAGACUUCCUCAUAGAGGUGCACGGAGUGAACGUGGUGAAGGUGGGCCAUAAGCAGGUGGUGUCUCUGAUCAGACAGGGGGGCAACAGCCUGCUGAUGAAGGUGGUCUCUGUCACACGCAAACCUGAGUCCGAGGACGUGGUCCGCAAGAAAGCUCCCCCGCCACCCAAGAGAGCCCCCAGCACCACUUUGACACUGCGCUCCAAGUCUAUGACCGCCGAACUGGAGGAACUGGCUUCCGUCCGGAGGAGGAGAGGAGAAACGCUAGAUGAGAUGCUAGUGCCUCAGGAGCCUGUGACGUUACGUUCCCAGCCCACAGAGGCCGACUACAGAGCUGCUACUGUCAAACAGAGACCUACCGGCAGGAGAAUCACACAAUCAGAGAUCAGUUCGUUGUUUGAGAGGCAGGGCAUGGCAUUACAUGGUGGGCUCCACCCAAGGAUGGAGAGGGCUCAUAUGCAGCUGCCUAGAGGGAUGUCCAGGACCAAGUCAUUCGGUGCGACUGAGGAGGACCGUCUGUCGGUGUUGGCUGGAGAACACCGUUUCCCCCGGAGCUCCUCCAUGACGGACAGCCUCAGAGACCACUCCCGCUCCCAUUCUAUCCCGCCCCCUCCCCAGACCGCACCUCCUCCUCCCCCUUCCCUCUACUACCUGGACACUGGCCCUCCUCCUGCUUUCUGCCCCCCUCCUCCCCCUGCCAGGGGUCAUGGUCAGGGUCAUGACCCUGCAGGUCGUUCCAGCUUCAAGCCCUCCUCCCUGGACCUGGACCGGCCCUACGACCCAUCGCCCCGCCAGUCUUCCCACGCCGAACGCCAGAAGAAGGCAAGGUCAAUGAUUAUUCUACAAGAUUCCUCCCACUUACCCGUGGAGCCCACCGACAUCCCCCGCCCCUCCGCAUCCGCUACACCACCAGAGCGAAUCAAACGGAAAGGCCGGGUGAUUGACAACCCGUACGCCAAUGUUGGCCAGUUUAGUUUUGGAUUGUACACACCCACCAAGCCCCAGCGCAAGAAGAGCCCUCUGGUGAAACAGCUACAGGUGGAGGACGCACAGGAGAGAGCCAGCAUCGCCUUGGCCGCUGCCCACUCCCGAGAGACCUCCCCCUCUGGCCGACACACACACACCCACGGCCACACACACACCAGCCGAGCCGACUACUACCAGCAGCAGCUGAUGGUGGAGCGCGAGCGUAUGCGUCUCCAGGGAGAGGCCUUGCUGCAGGGGAAAGGGCCGUUCGCUGUCGCUAUCGCUGGCGCCGUGAAGGACCGAGAGCGCCGACUAGAGGAGCGGAGGAAAUCCACAGUCUUCCAGUCGGUGGGGACCAUGGAGGGGGGGUCGGUGUCCGCCCCUGAGCCCCCCUCCUACACCACAUCUCGAUCCAUCGAUGAGCGCCUGCUCAGCAGAGAACUAGGCCAGCUGCCACCCCCCGCCCUGGCCCUGCGCCCCUCACCUGGCGGCACUACCUUCAUCCACCCACUCACAGGGAAGCCCCUGGACCCUAACUCACCCCUUGCUCUUGCGCUGGCCGCAAGGGAGCGGGCACUUACCUCCCAGAGCCAGUCCCCUGCCAGCAGCCCUGAGCCCAGGACUAAACAGGACAGGGCUGGUGUUGGAGGUCAGGGGGCUUCGCUUUUCAUCGAAAGCCAGACCAAAGAGCCUCAGCAUGGGGGCGGGAGGCCGGGGUCGCCCCAGGCUGGUAAAUCCCAGUGGGCAGUGUCAUCACCCGCCUUGCUUCGCCAGGAGAUGGAGGGAAGAGGGGAGGAGAGGAAGGAGGAGGAGAGGAGAACGGAAGAUAAGAAGAGUAUGUUGAUCAGUAUCAUGGACACAUCACAACAGAAGACAGCUGGACUAAUCAUGGUCCAUGCUACCAGUAACGGCCAGGCGGUGGGGCUGGGACCAGGGCUGGAGCAAACCCCCACCUCCCCAGCCACUGAGCCCAGUAAACCCUCCCUCAGUCGGGCUCUGUCGCCCAGCCCCUCUGCCUCUCAGCCUCAGGCCCAGGGCCCUUCCAGCCCAGCCCAGGCUCCCCUGGCCCAGGGCAGUUCAGAGGAAGACGUGGAGCCCUACACAGUGAGCCUACCUCCAGCCAUGCUGUCCUCCAGUGAUGAAGAGACCAGAGAGGAGCUGAAGAAGAUCGGGGUGCUCCCACCUCCAGAUGAGUUUUCCAACGGGUUGUUGGCCAAUUCACAAGCCCAAGCCCAUGGGACCCCUGUACCCCAGUCUAAAUCCACCACUUCCCCUACAACCCCUACUCUCCUCACCCCUUCCACCACCACCCCAAACCCCAGCCUGACCCCCACCUCCAGUCUGACCCCCACCCAACCCCAGGGCCCUCCCCUCCAGCCUACUCCCGGAGGAGCAGUCAUCUCAGGGAAACCCUCAUACCCGGACCAGCCCCAUCCUCCAGCCCUGCUGGCUGAGUCUGGUUCAGCAGCAGACUCUGGUGUGGAGGAGGCAGACACACGCAGCUCCAGUGAGAGAGAGCGAGACCACCAUCUGGAGACCACUAGCACUGUGUCCACCGUCUCCAGCAUGUCCACUCUGUCCUCAGAGAGUGGCGAACCCGCUGACACACACACCUCCUACGCCGACGGGCAGACCUUCGUGCUCGACAAGCCGCCAGUGCCUCCCAAGCCCCGGCUCAAGUCCCACAUUGGAGGCAGUAAAGGCCCGGUCACCUUCAGGGACCCGCUGCUGAAGCAGAGCUCUGACAGCGAGCUGUUAUCCCAGCAGCAGGCGGCUGCUCUAGCCGCAGCAGCAGCCGGAGGGGCAGGGCUGGGGCAUGGAGGCCUAGGGUCUGGAGGCCUGGGGCAUGGAGGCCUCGGGUCUGGAGGCCUGAGCCAUGGAGGCCUGAGCCAUGGAGGCCUGAGCCAUGGAGGCCUGAGCCAUGGAGGCCUCGGGUCUGGAGGCCUGGGGCAUGGAGGCCUGGGUUCUGGAGGCCUAGGGUCAGGCUCUAUAUCUGGCCUGGUGGGAGGCCCCGGGAGGCCCCGCUACCUCUUCCAGAGGAGGUCCAAGCUGUGGGGGGACCAGAUGGAGGCGCGAGGACCCGGGGUGGGGUUAGGGAUGGGGAGUCUGGGGAGUCUAGGGGGGUUGGGGUUGGGGCUGGGGGGUGAGGAGGGGGGGAAACCAUCGGUGAUGGGGGAACUAAGUUCCAGAUUGCAGCAGCUGAAUAAGGAUACCAGGUCCCUGGGGGAGGAGGAGCCACUGGGGUCAUCGCUGGACCCUGGGAGGAAGUCCCCUGUGACAGGCGCCAGACUUUUCAGCAGUCUAGGAGAGCUCCACACCAUUUCCCAGAGAAGCUACGGCACCACCUACACCAUCCGGCCUGGCAGCCGCUUUCCCGUUACACGCCGCACUCCAAGCCCUGGCUCGGGCUCCCCGGAUCGGGGUGACCCCCUCAGUCGACUCCCAGGCUUCGGCCUACCCACCUCACCCACCACGCCGCACCACACCAUCCUCAAGUCGUCUAGCCUCAGCCUGCACCAUGAGCCCAAAGAGGUACGCUUCGUUAUGAGGAGCUCCAGCGCCCGGUCCCGCUCCCCCUCCCCGUCCCCUUGUCACUCCCCCGGGCUGGGCUCGCCCCUCUUGGCCCUCAGGCCAUUCCACCAGAAGCCCCUCCACCUGUGGAACAAGUACGACGUUGGAGACUGGCUGGAGAGCAUCAACCUGGGGGAACACAGGGCCGGCUUUCAGGAGCAUGAGAUCGAGGGCUCGCACCUCCCGGCACUCACCAAGGACGACUUCGCUGAGCUGGGGGUGACGCGCGUGGGACACCGCAUGAACAUCGAACGAGCACUUAAACAACUUCUGGAGAGCUGACCCCUGCAAUGAGAGAGAGAGGGAGAUAGAGAGGGAGAGAAAGAAAGGGAGAUGGAGAGAGAUAGAGAGAUGGGGAGAGGGAGAUGUGGAGAGAGAGGGAGAGAGAGAGGUAGAGAGGGAGAUGGAGAGACAGAGGGAGAUGGAGAGACAGAAACAGAGAGAAAACAAGAGAGAGCUUUUAAACUAGCUCCAUUUUUAGGUGGAGCUAGUUUUCAUUUUUAGGUGAAUUUGUUUUCAUUUUGAUGUUUCUGAAAGUGUACGUUUUUGUAUUUAUACUCUGCUCUCAGCACUGCACUGAAUGAGUAGGUGUUCUAAAACUUUUGACCGGUAGUGUAUAUAUAUAUUUUUUUCCCCUAACCCUACUACCCCUCCCCAAAUUGGAGUAAACUAAUGAAAUAGAUUUUCCUUCUUUAUUAAAUUCCCCUAGCAUACCACCCCUGCCCUAAUUGGAGUAAACUAAUGGAUAACAAUACUUAGACUUCUACUUGGAAGAAAUUCUUUGCAGGAGAGAAUCUUGCAUGAGCUCCUAUUAGAACAUUUCAUUUGUAACAGCUUCUGUUGUUGCUCCUCUAGUCACACCUUUAACCUCUCCGACAGACCAUUCCUUCUUUGUACAUCUCCAUCUCUUUCUCCCUCCAUCCCUUCCCUCUAUCUCUUUGCCUGCUGUUUUUUUGGCCUCUGAAGGAUUCCCCGUUUGCAUGAAGAAGGAGGAGAAUCAAUCUCUAACCAUAAGGAACGUUCAGAGAUCCGCUCAGCGACUGCGAACACAGGAGUAUAGACACAGUACUGACCUAGAACUAACAUAAUGUUGACAUACUGACAGUACUGACAUGGGCCUCUCUCCUCUCUGCCUGGCAUUGUAAUUAAACUAGAGACACUUGAGCCCAGAGACGGAGAUCCGCGUUGGAGACCACAUAGGGAAAACUCCUCCAUCCUGGGACCUUCUCGAGGACUGACAGUGCUAUCUAUUAUAUUUGGAGAAUGUUUAACCAACACUAGUGGCUUUUUUCAUAAUCAAAACAUCUUGCUUUGGGUUUCCAAAGGGAAUAUUAUAGAUAAAUAUGAUAUAAAUGUAUUUAAAUAGUUUUGAGGGGGAAAAAAACGACAGAAUGUUGAAAUGAAGAUAUGUAAUAAACUAAAGAGCAUCUGACUCCUACUUCUAGACAAAGGACAGAGAGAAAACUUUAACAUUUAUUGCACCAAUAAUUUACUUGUUUUUACCAAUUAUAUAAAUAUAUAUAUUUGAAAAAAAGUUAAUAGAUAUAUACAAAUUACAUUUUGUCAUAAAAUAUACAACUUUAGUAAAACUGUACAUGGUAUUCUAUAUACAACCCACUGUUGAUGAACUGUCCUGACAUGGUCACCCUUUCCUGAACAGAAGCAUGAAAAAUUGCAUCACGUCUUGAAAAGAGGGUUGUGGUUUAAUUUCUGUUUGUUUUUGUACGGUCUUCCGUCAUACUGAAGGGCAUCCCACACAGUGAGGGGUGUGACAUCCCACUUUAACCCCAGUGACCCUGUGACCUCAACACAUACUCAGAUAUAGAGACAUAUAUAUACACACAUGAACAGUCACAUAGUCAAACAAAUAACACCCUUACAUUCAUGCACAGAGACACAGACACAAACACACACAGUUCUCAUCCAAACUAAGACCGGUAGCAUCAUUACAUACAUCUGAGACCAUGGUUUGGGAGAACGGGAUGUCUUAAGAAAGGUGUUUAAAAAAACAAAAUCAACAAUUGUAAUGUGAGUUGCUUCUCUAAACAGUCAGAGACAGUGAGUGUUAUUCACACAACAGCACAGUGUUAGAUCCAUACUCUCUGGGAGAAUAACAAUGGUGUGUUCAGGAAGAAGAAACGUUCUGAAUACUGCAGAUAGAACUGUCAUGAUAGUACUGUCGUGAUAGAACUGACAUGAUAGAACUGUCAUGAUAGAACUGACAUGAUAGAACUGACAUGAUAUAACUGUCAUGAUAGAACUGACAUGAUAGAACUGACAUGAUAGAACUGACAUGAUAGAACUGUCAUGAUAGAACUGACAUGAUAGAACUGUCAUGAUAGAACUGUCAUGAUAGAACUGACAUGAUAGAAUGGUCAUGAUAGAACUGACAUGAUAGAACUGUCAUGAUAGAACUGACAUGAUAGAACUGACAUGAUAGAACUGUCAUGAUAGAACUGUCAUGAUAGAACUGACAUGAUAGAACUGUCAUGAUAGAACUGACAUGAUAGAACUGUCAUGAUAGAACUGUCAUGAUAGAACUGACAUGAUAGAACUGUCCUGAUAGAACUGUCAUGAUAGAACUGUCAUGAUAGAACUGACAUGAUAGAACUGUCCUGAUAGAACUGUCAUGAGCAUCUUAUAAAGAGUUGACAUGAUUUCCUAUUAUACAAGUUUAUUAUUGCUAUUUGUAGGUAAGGAAUAUGUAGUAUAUUGGAGUUUCACAACAGUGAAGCAUGUCUGUUCUCUAUAAUACAUUUAUAUCUACAUUGUUGUAUAACGGAGUCCCCUGAAUGUGACCCAGGUGGACACUACAACCACUAAAACCUUUACUAGUCAAAGGCAGCACUGAAACCAUUAUGCUAAGUGAAUAUCCUUGUCACGGAGCCACACACCAGUCCAAACUAUCUCUGUGAAACUUUAUUUUGUCACCGUUUUGAGUAAGCGGGUGUUAUAUUCAAUGUUGUGUCAACGUUGUAGGGAUAACGCUCACUGUCUCACAUCGGACCUCACAGACAAUCUCACUUCUGACUCUGGUGACAUAGCAGUUGUCCCAAAUGACAUCCUUAUCCCUACCGUGCCCUUCUUUUGAUCAGAGAUUUACAUUUUGGGGCACUAGAUAAGGAAAAGGAUAUAAUUUGGGACACUACCAUACUGUCUGACUCCUUGGCUUUUGUUUUGGGUUGAUUGUUGGUUUGUGUUUCUAUAAUGGAGGUGUGGAUUUUGUAGCUCUUGGAUUUUGAUGUUUAGAAGAUACAUUUUCUAUUCACUCACCUAACAUGAAUUUCAGAGUGAACAUUAAGAAAAGGAGAAACAAAAAAUAGUAGAUCCUCUCAAAAGGACUUUCACACUGUAAAUCUGAACAAAACACGAAUAUUUGCUUUUUUAUAUUAAUCACAAGCAAUGUAUAUAUAUGAUAGUUUUCAUAUACAUUUUUGAAAAUCAAAAAUUAUAUAGAUCUAUAUAUGAAUGUUUGGCAUAUAUGCAUAGUUAACCACCUAGGAAAAAAGGUGUGAUCCGAUUUUUAUUAUUUUCUAUGAAAUAGGAGAUGAUUUGCACAAAACAAGGUGCUAGCAUUACAGCCACCCAUCAUUACAGUGCAUGUAUGCUGUGAAUGGAGGAACACCCUGACUCUGUACACAACCCCCUCUCUGCUGUGUGUGUGUGUGUGUGUGUGUGUGUGUGUGUGUGUGUGUGUGUGUGUGUGUGUGUGUGUGUGUGUGUGUGUGUGUGUGUGUGUGUGUGUGUGUGUGUGUGUGUGUGUGUGUGUGUGUGUGUGUGUGUGUGUGUGUGUGUGUGUGUGUGUGUGGUAGUGUGGUGGGUGUGUAUGUGUGUGGUAGGUGUGCGUGUAAGUUGUUCAAACCCUCAAAGGUGGUCCACUGUAGCCUUAAUUACAUCAGAGAUUCCUGGCAGUGGCUGUGUCACACACGUGGUGCACACACUGAAAUCCAGAUGUAUAAUCAUUACAGGACCCUUUGAUAUCUAUUAGAGAGAGAGAGAGACAGAGAGAGAGAGAGAGAGAGAGAGAGAGAGAGAGAGAGAGAGAGAGAGGGGGGGAGAGAGAGGGAGAGAGAGAGAGAGAGAGAGAGAGAGAGAGAGAGAGAGAGAGAGAGAGAGAGAGAGAGAGAGAGAGAGAGAGAGAGAGAGAGAGAGAGAGAGAGAGAGAGAGAGAGAAUAUACAUUUUAAUUAUUACAUUCUGUAUGUUCCUGUGUAGCCCCUGUCUGUGUGUGUGUGUGGGAAUCGGCAGUGGGCUGGGUUUGGCCUGUGGCUUUAAUGGGAGACAGAGACACAGACAAUUACAGUAUUUCCAUCUGCUCUACAACACCUCUCUAUGACUCUCUCCAUGACCAGAAGCACUGGCCCUCUUCCCGUUUCAUCCAGUUAUACACUCUGUCCUCUUUUCCUUUUUCAGACGUUCAGAGUUUUUAAGGGUAUGCUAUGAUGAGGGGAUUUUGAAGAGGACUGACACAAAAAAAAGAAAAAAGAAGGAAAAACGUGCCAAAAAUAAACUUUCAAUGGUAUAUUUUUCUUCUUCCUUAGUACUACCUUAGUCUGGAUGUUGUUGAGCUGUUACUCACUAAUAUGGUGCCAUCUCCUGGGAAUCUUGAGAACUACAGACAUUCAUUUAGCUUCACUGUCUGGACACAACCUUUUUAGAGUGGAACUGCAGACGUUUUUAUGUUUUGUAAAGGAAUAUAUAUAUAACCUGAAAAAUGGAUUUUAUGAGCUUUGCAUUAUUAACAUUUAUAUUUAUAUUUUUGAGACAAGGUAUCAAAGUAUUGUUUGGUUUAACUGUGAUGAGUUAUACCGCUUGUUUAACUGAUGCUGAGAGAUGCUGACAUGGGUUUACACACAGCAUACACACAUACUGUACGCACACGCAGGCAUGCACGUGUGCUCAUAUACACAGUGCAGUUUGGACUCCAGUUGCUUUCCUGGUUAGGAAAGAACCUAGUGAUGGAGAACAUAGUUGGACCCCUCAGUGGGUUUACCACAGGUAGCUUAUACAGAUGCAAACCCAUGCUACAGGACACAGAGAGCUGAGGCAGACACAUCAUUCACACCAAUGAGUUUCUCUGUACGGUCGACUUCAUCUUCUUUUCUAAUCAACAAAGCACAAUCUACAUGGUGAGACGGAGUCGUGAUUCCUUUUUUUAAAUCCAGGGGGAUCUGGUAGACCCACCAUUGGAUCAAAUGAUCUUAUCAUCAUUCAAAGGGGUUUUUCUUUCAUUGUUGAUUUUCUCCUUGUUUGCACUGUGAAGUUUAACAGGGUGGAUCUAUUACAGGCCAUGUCUGGACCAUGCCUGGCCCAUCUAAACAUCCCCUCCUCUUGAUCCCCCAGGCAUCCCAGCUCUAUAUCUUCUUCAAGACAGUGAACUCCACACAGAACUGUAGCCUGGCUGAAACUAAUGAUGAACACAAUGUCAACCUCAGUAGAUUCCUGUUAUUCAGUAGUUUAGCAUUGUUGAAUGAAUCCUGACAGCAUAUGUCACGUGUGGUAGGAGGUGAAAAUGUGAAAGGUCAGAUCGCUAGCUAACUAGAAUAAAAUAGUAGCGUUCACUUUGGUGCUAUAUAUGUAUAGAUUUUCGCCAGACAGUGUUACUGUGACUAUUUUAAGAUACAGUUCUAUGUAAUCUCAGAUAUAGCAAGGGCAUACUCAAGUGUAAUUUUCCUGUUGAAAUUAAAAUGGUCUGUAGAGAGGGAGACACCUAGGCUACCUGCUUCUAACUAGCAUCUGAGUGUCUACUCUCAAACACACCGUGCUGAAAGGGGUCGGGGGGGGGGGGGGGCAGCAGUGGGCAUAGACUUGGAAUAGAAGAGAGGACACACUGGCCAUUGAGUAGAUGUCUGGAAAAAGAACAAUACACAAAUGUAAAAACACAUGUUGCGGUUAGUCGCACCAUUGACAAGAACCCUUUUCACCCAGAGGCAUGGUUCUCUUAUCAUCCAUAAGGGAACAUAAAGAGAAGGGAGGCGGGGUAGUGAGGCUGAGGCAGGUCCAGAGACCUGAGUGCUGUGAUGGCUCCACCACAGAGAUCUAUGUUUGUUAUAUUAUGUAAUACAUUUAUAAUUAAAAACAUGACUUCUGUG